GCCAUUCCUCCAUUAAAAUCUCAUAUGGGCAUGUCAGAAACCUGAAUUUUUUUCUUUUUCUUUGCUUCUUCUCCUAAUUAUCUUCUCCUCUUUAAAAAAGAUUAAAGCAAAAAAAGAGAGAAAGAAGACAUUUUUGAAAUAGUGUUGUCUCAAUUCAUGUCCAAAUCUUAAAUUUUUCUUUCUCUAAAAGCCAUAAACACAAAAACCCCAUCUCUGAAAAACCUUCAUUUUGGUCUCAAAAUCAAUCAAAAACCAAAAGAGAAGAGACAGAGACAGAGACAGAGAGAGAAGACAUUUUCAAAGCUCUCCCACGAAGCAAUAAUAUUCUGUCUCAAUUCAUGUCCAAAUCUCAAAUUUUCUUCCUCCAAAAGCCAAACCAGAAAAAUCCCAUCUCUCAAUAACCUUCAUUUUGGUCUCAAAAUCAAUCAAAUCCCAGAAAAGAGAGAAAAAAAAUGAGAGACAUUGUAUCUUGUUUCAGUGAAAACGCAGUGAAUGUGUCACACCCUUCGUGUUCGAGCUACUCAAACGCAGCAGCUUGUAUAACACCGGCCUUGGCUCCCUGCGUUCGAAACGCCGUCGCUUCGUUCCACAGAGUCGUUCUCUCCGACCAAAAACAGGUCUUGGUGAAGGUCACAUGGUGUCGAAACAACUCCGUACAAGGCUUGACAGUAAGUUUCGGCGACGACCCAUUGGCCACCAUGAAGCUCAACAUAAACUCCCGUUUGUUUCGCAAGAAAAAGGGCAGUAAAAUCUUCGACUCACAUGGCUCGAAGAUCGAGCUCUACUGGGAUCUUUCCAACGCCAAGUUCGAAAAUGGGCCCGAGCCCAUUGACGGGUACUACAUCGUGGCCACAUUCGACUCGGAGAUCGGCGUCGUUUUAGGGGACAUGGCCGAGGAUUUCGUCGCCAAAAAGCUCAAAACCAAAAACCCAGUUGCCAAAACCUCUCUCGUCUCCCGCCACGAGCACUGCUCCGGCAACACCCUUUACUCGACCAAGGCUCAGUUCUCCGAAACAGGGGUUUCGCACGAGGUUUUGAUCAAAUGCAGCAGCGAGAACGAGAGGCUGAGACACCCUGUUCUUGUGGUGAGCAUAGAUAAGAAAGUUGUGAUUCGAGUCAAGAGGCUUCAGUGGAAUUUCAGAGGGAAUCAGACCAUUUUCGUUGAUGGGUUGUUGGUUGAUCUGCUUUGGGAUGUCCAUGACUGGUUCUUCAACCCAGCUUCUGGCUAUGCCGUUUUCAUGUUCAGGACCAGAAGUGGAUUGGAUAGCAGGCUUUGGUUGGAGGAGAAGCUAAUGGCUCAGAGUAAAGAUCAUCAAGAAAAGCUUGAGUUCUCUCUUUUGAUCUAUGCAUGUAAGACUUCACAAUGAUUUUUUGUUUUGUUUUUGGGUUCUGAUUUUUCUAAUUCUUUCUAUGUUUGUUUUUUUUUAAUUUUGGCCUUUCUUCUUGGAAGGAAAAUAGAUUACUAAUUCAAUAUUUUUCAUCAUAUUGGAAAGAGAAAAAUAUAAUUCUAAGUUGUAGAGAGAAGAAACUGUGUAAUUGUAGAAGAUUAUUAUUUAUUAGUGAUCAAAUUUGACAAGAUUUUUAUGUUUUAUGAUCAAA